CAUACGAUUAGACAGUAUUUACCUAAUGUGUAUAAGUAUAACUAGCUGUGUGUUUACUAUCAUCAAAGGAAGCAUCAAAUACACGAAUAAAAGUAUCCAUACUUUUCAGAUCUUUUGGAUAAGCAUCAACUAUAACUAAGUAUUAAUAAUAAUAGCUCAUCUAAUAAAUAUAGCGGAGACUUGUUGUUAAAUCUGUAUAUUUUAUUAUAUUCCCACAUGUUGA